GCCGCUGAGCUGUUGGGAGUUAACCUCUUUCUGUCUCUUUGACCAAAGUUGACUCUGAGAUAAGAACGAGGAGCCUACAGCAGCGUGACAAGUUUAUACAACCAGGCCGUAUCACUUUACAGUGCAACAGCAUACCUCCUGUAAUGGGGGCUGCUAUUUAGCAGAGCCUCAGCCUGGAUUAGCAUGAAGCAUGUGGAGGCUGCAUUUCCAAAUGGCAGUUGGGCUGACAUAUUACAGUAUGUAUCGAUUUAUUUUGAAAGGAGAUUGACUGUAUCGUGUCCAGCGGAUAGUGUGAACAUGGUUGCAUUUAUUUCUCUUCCUGUAUAUGUUGGAUUCUUUGAGAGGCUUGCUCUCAACAGUUGGAUUGUAGCUGCCCUGCUCUCAUCUGCUGGUCACAGGGAAGCGAUUGUCCACACACAGACAAAGUUACUUUUCUUAUUCUUCAUGGGGUUUUAUUUAGGUUGUUAAUAAACUCCAACACAUGCCUCUUAAGUUAAAAGACAAGGACUUUUGGAUGCUGUGAAGAAGGAGAGUCACGAGGAGAUCUACAGAAUCCAGCUGGGAGCAAAGCUUUUACCAGCAAAACCCCUGACUGUGUUAAUACCAUGUUUGCAUUUAAUGAUCUUACUCUCUAUCCAGCAUGGUAUUUCUGCAGACCUGCCCUGCAUGCAGGAAGAUUGCUCAGAUACUGGGUUGUGAGUGCACUGCUGCUCUAAUGCAACUCUCUGGUAUGUGGACCUAGUUUCAUUGUGCACAGUACUACUGCUGAUAAGUGAGCAGAUCAGACUGUUCUCUGGUAUAUCCCACCAUGAUGGUGCUGGUCUGUGUUAGCUUCCGUUGGAUGUCACACUGGGAGCUCUGGCCUGUUGGCUGCUCCCCUUUUGGUUCAGUCUGUGACAUCAGUUGUAGAGGUUCCCACCCUGGGCUGUUUCUGUGACAUUUCUCUGCUCGUCCUCAUUCACUGUUUGGAUUGAGGAAUCACAACACGCGAGAUACUGAAUUGUACACAUACAGUUGUUAUUGAGUCAUAUCUGUACAUUUUAGAAUUAGACGGUAUAAAUACAGCUUAUAUUGCAUUCAGGGUUUUUCACUCAAUGCAAUAUUUCAACAUUAACACCAUCCCUUUUAUUUAUUGUUUACAUCUUUUUCUGCUCAGUCUGUGGUACAGAACCUCGCACUUUUGACUCCAGCCACCUUUGGAAUAAGCUGCACAUGGAGCUAUAGUUAAAAGUAAGUGAACAUGAUUGUCUACAAAUCAGCAAACCAUAUAUCUUGAUUUUUAAGAUUGUUAUAUUUGCUGCUUAAUUAUUCAAAGCAGCUUUAAAAAUAAUUUUGUUUAGAGUCUUUGGCUGGAUCCCUCCGUCUUUUUGCAGUUUUUAUCAAUGAAAACAAGAGGGCCCAGUUUUUGAAAGAAUAAACUGGAACAACCAGACAAAUCAAUUGAGACUUUAAUUCAGGCGGUCCAACUCUUCCUGUCUCUAACAUUAUAAAUGAUCGGGGCCUAUUUUCAGAAACCCACCACACCUCCACUGCCUCUCUUGACAUUUACAGUCACAGUAAACCUCCACUAUUUGUGCAGAAAUGGUUUUAAUAGGAACAGCAACUCACAGAAGUGAUGCAGCUCUAAUUCUUAAGUGCAUUAAUGGACCAUAAUGUGUUUCAGAGCUGAAGUGCUGCUGGUUAAAGACUGAGCCCUCAUUAAUUAGCAGAUAACCUUUAUUUGAGGCGUGCAGCCUAACAAAAUGAUUGGUUUGCUAUUGUUGCACCUUAUCCUUGGCGAAUCACCUAUUGUCCCUUUGAAUAAUUGAGAGAGGCAGAUCUUGCCUGUUUUAUUUUUUCCUUGGUCAGCAACUAGCUACUAGUUUUGUCCCCAAGAUCAAUUGCUUUGGUAAAACAACCAGGGGGAGAGAGAGCCGGGGAGAGAAUGGGAGAGAGAGCGAGAGAGAGAGAGAAAACGAGAGAGAGAGAGACGAGAGAGAAAGAGAGAGAAAGCGCGAGAGAGAGAGAGAGAGGGAGAGAGAGGGAGGUUUGUGCCCUCAAUGGCGACUGUAGGUAUGCUAAAUACCUCUGGUUCCUUAUCCGGGAACUACCUCUCCAUCUGCUAUUGGGCCAUAGAGUCACGUGGUAAAAGUAACUUUACAGGGCUGCUCGCAAGUAGGAGGGCUUUAUGGAGCAGAAAAACGACAAAGCUAGAAAAAUUAUUUUCCACUCCAGAAAUUAAUGAUCAUGAGCUCGUAUUUGAUGGAGUCUAACUACAUUGAUCCGAAAUUUCCUCCAUGCGAGGAAUAUUCGCAAAACAACUACAUCCCCGAGCAUAGUCCAGAAUAUUACAGCCGCGCAAGGGACCCCGGCUUCCAGCAUCACCACCAGGAGUUAUAUCCUCCGCGGGCGAGCUACCAAGAGCGCCAGUUUAACUGUGCAAGCAUCCCCGAACCCGACACGCCACGGGGACACGGAAUACCCCACUCUGCGCACCUGCUGACAGGGAAAGGGCAGCCUGCUUCAUGUGAUACCCCACAGUUGUCCAUGUCCCCCGCCACCCCACCGGCCGCCACCUCCGCCUGCAACCAAGCCACCCCGGAGCAUCCAAACAGCACAGCCUCCUCCAAGCAGCCCGUGGUGUACCCGUGGAUGAAGAAAAUUCACGUCAGCACCGCGAACCCUGGUUACAAUGGGCCGGAGUCCAAGCGGUCUCGGACAGCGUACACCCGGCAGCAGGUCUUAGAAUUGGAGAAGGAAUUCCACUAUAACCGAUAUUUAACUCGGCGGAGGCGCAUCGAGAUCGCCCACACCCUGGUUCUCUCCGAGCGACAGAUAAAAAUCUGGUUUCAAAACCGCAGGAUGAAAUGGAAAAAGGAUCACAGGCUGCCCAACACCAAAGUGAGAUCCUCCACCUCCUCCUCCGGGUCCAACACAGGCUCAGCAGCCGGCGCUGUAGCCGCUGCCUCGGCCACUAACACUGGGGCCCCCGACGAACUCUCCGGAUCACAGCAUGGCGAGGAUAUUACCAGGUUAUAAAACCACGGACCACCGAGUGUGGCUAGAAGAAGGACUGGUUAUUUAUAGAACAAUUAUAUAUUUUGUUUUCGUAGCUAUCUUGUGCGGUUUCCUUUAAGUCCAAAGUUAUAUAAAAUGCAUGUUAUAUAGCAUGGAUUACUGCGAAUACCGAUGGAUUAUUUUUACGUGAUACAGGGUUUAAUUUAUUUGAAGCUGAAUUAAAAUGAUGUUUUUUAUUGAAAAAAAAAAUGUUUUGAAUGAAGGAAAAAAAAAAAGGUAGAAAAAUUUACACUUUAUCGAAAUGUUAUUGUGGGCCGUUCUUUUGCCCUGCUGCCCCAGGUGAAAUGCACAAUCUAUUUAUUUCAAGCAACACUGGAAGGAAAUCAAUAUAAUAAUAGUUAUUUUUGGUAUAUAAAAAAGAACGCUGGAAACACACCAUUGAUCUUGAACUUGUAUGUUUAGGAGAAUAACAGUGUGAGAAUUACCUCGUGUAUUUCAGAGACAGGAACCUGAUUUGCAAUUUUUAGUUUUGUGGUGUUGAUGUUGUGUUUAUUAGACAGUUAUCAAGCAGAUUAUUGUGAAAUGCAAUAAACGGAGUUUUAGUGUUUCUUGUGCUAAUCAUAUUGGUCAAUAAAACAGUGA